AUGCGUCCGUAAUAGUGUUGACCGUCGGCUGUUCACAAAAGGAAGGCCUCAGACCCAAACAUGCUGUGACAUUUCUUUCUUGUUUUCAACUAUCAUCACAUACUUCAUUGGGUUUUUCAGAUUUACAUUUGCGAAUUCAGUCUCGUUGCUCUGUUUUCAUUCUCCAGAAAAUCUCGCAUUACAAAGUGUAGCAGGCCAAGCCAAGCAGCUCACGCCGUACCGAACCAGAUCCUAAACCACUCCAUGGUGGUCCAGCAUAGUCCGAGCCGUUAUACCCUUAUGGCUCGGCAAGCCGAUGGUCUCAGGUCAGUGUCUCCGUUGUGAUCCAUGGAAGCAAUAGGCUCGACCCACCGACCCUUUUGACGGUUGGGCAUCACGUUCGGCUUUGAAUAAACGUGGGGGCAGGGGUGGAUUCAAUGUGAGACCAGCUGGGUCACGUGACCCAGCUGACUUUAUAAUAAAUAAUAAAUAUGUUGGCAUUGUUAUUGAAAUGACUGAUGGUUCGGUGGUAAAGAACCGAUGCAUCUAAGGUAGAGGAUGCAGGUUCAAAACUUGAAUGAACUCUGUUUGUUCUUUUUAAAUGGUCUAGGCCUCUUUAACAGUUCUUUACUUCAUUUUUAAUACUCUAAAAGUUCUUCUCUCCAUAAUUUCUCAAAGAUUUCUUGCACAAAUAUAUAUACACAAUACGCUUUAAUGUGUUUGACAUAGUUUCAAUUUUUUUUUUCCAUCCUGUAACCUAAAAUUUAUUUACUUUUUUUACCUUUUGAAAAUCGAUUAUGUGUAAUUAUAGCAUGCCAUAUAUUUUUCGUUGAACUCUUAGCAAGUUUAUUUUUUUUAAUUAUUGUAAAACAUUAUCGAGAGCCCAUAUUUGUACUUGAAAUCUCUGGGCCAGUCUUGUACUCGGAAGGUGACCCAUCUAUGUAAAAUUUCUGGAUCCGCCACUGCGUGGGGGCCAAGGUUCUAGCUCACCCAUGUGGGGAAAAACAACACCGUAGCCAUGAUGACAAUCGUGACAUCAUCCGAAUGGUUAUCGAUAUAACGAUGGGAGCAAGUGAGGAUGUCAGCUCAUCCUACAAACGGUUACAAAAUCCUAAUAUGAUGGGGGGUGAUGUCCCGACGCGUGUUAAGCAUAUGUGCAAUCUUAGAGGCCAAGCUAUGAGUUCUCUAUAAACACCCGUUUUCUCUAUAAAUACCCCUUUAUGCGGCUUGGGGGCGGCACAUUCUCUAGCACUCUGAAAACCCUAGUUCUUGGUUUUGUACCUCUCUCUGCAAGUGUACUGAUUCUUGCACCGGAGAGCCAUCCCAGAGAACCUCCGGUGUGGUCUUUAGCCGGGCUUUCUUUUGCAGGCUAGGUAAAGAUCAAGACCUAUUCUCCAACCCUCAGUCUAAAGGAGCGAACGAGCUUAAUCGGAGCCCCACACAGAGAUUUUUUUUUUUUAACGAAAGGCUAAAGCAAUGCCUAAGGAAAAACAAAAGAGAACAGUCGCAGAUAAGGGAAAGAAAAAGCUAACUACCGCAGGGGAGGAAAAAGAAAAUUCACGUCCAGUGGAUCAAGUUCUUCGAAAAAGAAAUACUGGUAUUGUGAUCCGCGAUGAGCAGGACAUUAGGCGCUUGCGUGAGGAUGAAAGAAAGGCUGAAGCAAAGGCUACGGAAAAACAAAAAGGAACAAUCGUGGAUAAGGGAAAGAAAAAGAUAACCACUGCAGGGAAGAAGAAAGAAAAUUCAUGUCCAGUGGAUCAAGUUCUUCGAAAAAGAAAUACUGGUAUUGUGAUCCGCGAUGAGCAGGACAUUAGGCACUUGCGUGAGGAUGAAAGAAAGGCUGAAGCAAAGGCUAUGGAAAAACAAAAAGGAACAAUCGUGGAUAAGGGAAAGAAAAAGAUAACCACUGCAGGGAAGAAGAAAGAAAAUUCAUGUCCAGUGAGUUCACAACCAUGGCUGGUAGACGCCUACGAGAAGCUGAUUUUGCGGAUUAUGCAAAGGCCGAAUAGGAAUACAGUACUGACCUUAAUAAUGGUUGUUGGUCUCGCAAUUUACAUGUGUGUCCCUAUCAAAGAAAAUUACCUGGGUGUCGUCCUCCAAGGCGGUGAUCAGGACAGUUUCUCCUUCUCUACAAGCGAUGCAACCAACAGCACAUACACUAGUUUCAUAGAGGCGCUGCGAGCUCGUCUCACAAAUGGAGUUCCCGAGGUAUCUGGUAUACCGAUGCUGCCCCAGAGCUCCUUGGUGCCGGACAAGAGGCGCUUCGUUCUGGUCGAUCUCUCUAACUACGACGGGAACACCGUCACCGUGGCGAUAGACGUGGUGGAUGUUUACGUGGUGGCUUUUCGUGUACGCGACCGAGCUUACUUUUUCCAAGACGCUCCAGAGGCUGUAUUCACAACUUUAUUCACCGAAACCGUCAAUCCUCGGAGACUCAACUGCACCGGCAACUAUGGCAAACUCGAGGGACGUAGUCAAUCCAGGGGGCUAACCGAUCUAGGAAUCACUGCCCUAGAUCAAGCCAUUUCCAAUUUGUGGUACGAUGUUGACGCUGCACUUGGAUCAUCGUUCCUUGUGAUAAUUCAGAUGGUCUCGGAAGCGGUAAGGUUCAGGCUCAUUGAGAGACGAGUUCGACAAAGCAUAACAAAGGAAAAUUCUUUCCGACCAGACCCUCGAAUGUUGAGCCUGGAGAACAAGUGGUCGUCUCUCUCUACAGAGAUCCAAAGUUCACACGAUGGAGUCGAAUUCAAUCGGCCAGUUAGACUUCAAAGACCUAACUACAAUCCUGUCGAAGUGGCCAACAGUCUGUCUCCCGUCAUUGCUGAUCUUGCCUUGCUGCUCUACAGAUGCCCCGCUCGCCCUCAAAGCGAUGAUGCUAAUCUGGCCUUGCGUAUAACAAGAACAGCUUUUAGUAUUGUAGGUGACGAUGAUGAGUGCGAUAACGAUUCGAAUCUCAUCGACCUGUUAGUAACAAUAUCUUUUUGGUUUGAUGUAUUAUUAUCGGGAAUUUAGAGGUCAGUCCCAAAAAGUAGGUUCGGACUUAAUUUAGUCCUGAUAACUUGAAAGUAAUUAAAAGAGAAUCCUCUUUCUUUUCA